CGACAGCGGCAUCAUGAUCAAAUAUUUCUCAUCCAACCUCCACCAAAUUGAGGCAAGGCGUUCUGGCGCGACUACUACUGAAUUUUGCGGCUGGGCGACAUUAAUAGGGCACAUUAAUAGGGUGUGUCCUGCUUUUCGCUUUCGACUUUCAAGUCUCUAGCUUCCCCGACUCGCACCAACAUCAGCGGCCCCGCCAACUGCCACUGAGCUGGCUCACACUGACAUCGACAAACCCAAUCACCACUCUGAGACGUUUUUCCUUUCGAUAGAGCAGUCGAGAUGACAGCCCCCGAAGUUUCUCACGGCCGUGGUGGUGCUGGCAACAUCAACCCCGAUGACACCCAAUACGUUGAUGGAGAGGUUGUCCGCGUGGGCGCCGAGGGCAGCCACGGUGACGGCGCAUUCAGCACUGGUCGCGGAGGUGCGGCCAACAUCGGCGACGCGGGCACCAAGCAGGGCGUGCGCGCAGACAAGGACCUGGUCCCCGAAGCCGCGGUCCGCCCGAGCCAUGAUUCCGACCACCACACGGGCCGCGGCGGCGCCGGAAACGAACACCAUGUUGCCAAGAAGGACAACAAGCCUGAGGGCGAGGGCAAGCCGACGGCGCCGAUCGGGCUGGCGGACAAGCUGAAAUACAAGAUUUUUGGGGCGUUCAAGAAGUAGGGUAGGGCACAACUUUGGCACAACUUUGAGGGCUAGAGCACGGGGGGAAGACGCUGGCUUUUGCAUGCCGUCCUGCUUUCUGCUUCGCUACUGCUUGGGUUUCGAGUUCUCCGCACUGAUACCACCGGCAAAGGCCCUCGGGCAUGCGCUAACUUCUUGGUUAAACUUCAUGCAUAACGUUAACUGCUACCUGCACAGAAGGUCAUGGGGAGGCUCAUAACAUCUAUCCUAAUUACGGUCGUCCCUGGCCAUACCAUCGACAUUUCCGGAAU